CAACCAUCCAUGAUUCCAUGAAUGAAGAGGUAUUCCAACGAACAGGAUCAGUUUCAUCCCCUUCACAUCUUAUUCUGCCAUAUAUAACGAAGAGAUGGAAGGUGGUAGAUAUUCGGUGGAUUUGGGUAACCUCCAACGCAAUCGAAGGAACGAGAUUGAGAGGAAAAAAUCCCGCAAAGGUAAAGAACUUGCCGGUUCUUCAUCUCAAAGCCGAGAUGAUUUUGAAACGGGUUACCAAAGGCGAGAUGGAGAUGUGAUGUCCGGAGAACAACUCCAACAAGAAUUGGCCCGACAUAAUAACCGCUUUCUACAACAACAACAAAUGUCGACGACCAUUGACGAAGAGGAGCUUGAGGAUGAAGAUGCGGAGGAAUUGGAACCGGAGACGGCCGAGGAGGAGGGUGCCGGCAGCCACGACGCCGACGAGCCUGCCUCAUCCCAAACCGCCACCGGUAAUAAAAAAAAGUAAGUCUGAACUAAUGAAAAAUAAUUUUGAUAAAUGGAAGGACCCACAAACCGGCUAUUGGCACGCAACUUGCAAGUGGUGCAACAACAAUUAUAGUUUGGGAACCUCCGGCGGAUACGGAUCCGCCGCAAGGCAUCGUAAGGCAAAGCACCCCGUGGAGUAUGCAAAAUUAGGCGGCGGAACGGGGAAACAAACUCAAAUAUCGAGGUUUGCGAAUUCUCAACCUUUUGGUAAUUUCUCCUACAAUGAUGCACAAAAUUUGACUGGUAUGGCUAACUUAAUUUGUGAAGAAAAUUUGCCUUAUUUGUUUUCUGAAAGUCUUGCUUUAAAAGAUUAUGCACAAGGUAGUUUAAAUCCUCAAUUUAGAAAUUAUAGUCGCAAAACUGUUAAGAAAGAAAUAAUAAGGCUUUAUAAUGCGGAAAAGGCAAGGUUACAAAUUUUU